AUGGCAGAUAAUAAAAUGAGGAGCAAUAAAGAUGUAAAAAAUUUAAAUCAAAACGAAAAUUACUGCGUCUUUAAUGUUAUUAGUGUUUUUAUAUCACUUGUUACAAUACUUGCUGAUUGGACCACAGAUAUUCUUGUCUUUAUUGAAUACUGUAAGGAUGGCUACAUGGACUGGGCUCUUAUCACAAUAACUUUCAUUGUUACACCCAACAUUUUAUGUAAUAUAUUUUCCUUAAGAUGGUAUGUGAUUGAUAAGAAGCUAAGUGUUCAUCAUUGGAUUACACAUGGAUUUUUAGCAGGAUUAUUAGAAAGAUACACAGUAUUUUUGUAUGAAGUAUUUUCAUGCAAAAAUUUUGAACUGUUAAAGUCUCAAAAGCUACUAAUCCAAAGGAAUGAUUUGAGCCUUCUUCAUUUCUUAUAUGUAUUUACUGGAACCAUACCACAAAUAAUUUUACAGACUCAUGGAAUAGUUGUAUUAAAUGAAAAUUAUUACACAAAAGUAUUUUCGCUAACUGCUUCAAUUGCAUCAGUUAGUUGGGCCUGUGUUACAUACAUAUACAGUACAAUGUGGAUAUCUUCAGACCAAAUUAACUGGUUAGCACUAUUGCUAAAACUUUUGUGGUACUUUGGUACACUUAUUGGAAGAAUUUCGGCACUGUUUUUGUUCAGCAUCAUAUUUGGAGUUUGGACGUUAAUUCCUUUGGGCUUACACUGGUCUGCAAUGACUUUUUGGAUAAUAACCCAAAAAACAACAUUCUGCCCAAACAAAUUCGAAGAGACACUUUACAAUGCUGUAAUGGGCUUUGUGUAUUGUUUCUGUUUUAUUAAUAUAAAGGAAGGCAAAACGCGAUAUCGUUUACUGCUUUUUUAUACGCUCAUGGUUACUCAGAAUCUGGGAAGUGUGCUACUCUAUAUGCUGCUAAGUGAAAAGCAAAGACAUCCUUGGUCUAUUGCAUCUACGAGCUUAGUAGUUGUGGGAACUCUAGCAGGUAUAGGUGCAAUGGUGAUAUAUUACAGAUAUUAUCAUGCGAAUGGUCCGAUUCCCUGGCGAUACAUUCACGAAGAUGUCGAAUUAAAUAAUAAAGUUAUCAAUGAUGCCAAGAAUUCGAAUGAAAUAAAGGGUGGCCUAAAUAAUUUGAGAUCGUUCAAAAAUUCUAAUAUUACCAAGGAAGCAAACGUGGAGAUGGAACAUAGAAAAGAUACAAACACCACACUCCCAGUUCAACAGACGGAAAAUGAAAACGCAGAUAAAAAGUUCCUUUUGGAUCACUGGAUAGCAAGAGCUGGAUCUCCAACUUUCACUUCAGCUCCAGUAGGAAAUAUAAGUAUGGAUGUCUCAAGUAUUGAAUUAUACACUGUAGAAAAUACUCCACAGACUAUAAUUCCUAAACGCGACAGUCUUAUAAUAAAACCCAAAAAGAAGAUUUGUUCGCCAACCGAGCUUACUUUAAAGCUUUCUUCGAUUGACAAUAUAGAAAGCUCUAUCGACGAAAUAACGUCUAAUGCACUUAUACAAAAACGUCGAGGAAUUUGCUCUUCUGACGAACUAAGAGAUGAUUAUAAUCUUGGAACUUCUAUGGUUCAAGAGUUUUCUAAGGCAAAAACUGAUCGAAGUUCCGAGUUAAGUCACGACACAGAUGGAUCUAAUAAAAAAACUUCAUCAGAUUCCAUUGAUAUGGAUCUCGAUCUGAGCUUCAGUGAUAUAAACAGCUCCGAUAUUAACACAUUUAAUGAGAAUAUCGUCCAAAAACUGUGUUUGAGCGCAUUAAAAAACAUUAAAGUCGGAAACCAAGAUGCAGAUAUAGAGAACAUUCAACGAAUAGCGUUGGAUAUUCUAAAAGAAAUGUAUACAAAGAAAGACAGAAAGAAAAAUGGUAUCACCGGUCUCUUUCAUGUUAAACGCGAUCUUGAUACACCGACAGAAGUUCUAUCAGUUCAUGAUUAUGAAAAUAUUUGUGCUGUUAAUAUAGCAAGAGAAGCUUGGGGACUGCGUUCGUGGAACGGGUACUGUGAUAUUGAAAAUUGGAUGCAUGACGGCAGCGUUGUAAGAGAUAGAAGUCGAGAUUUCACUUCAGAAAGUUCAGAGAUUAGCAGCUGUCUUUCCCAAGAAUUAAAAAAUGCUAUUUUGUCGGCACCUCCUUUUCCGAGAAAACCGCACACUUAUUCCAACGUAUUUGUUAAGGUCGACAGAAAUCCUGACGAUUAUGCGAAUACUAUAAUGUGUCAGACAGAUGAUAUUGUUAAGUCGUAUAUAAUAGACAAUUGUAAGGAUCCUAAUCAUCUGGAGCCAAUAAUAGAGGAAUUAGAUGAUUUAGGCGAUAUUGACCCGUCUAUUAAAAAGCGCUUGAAUUCGGAAAGUUCUCUCGUAGCGACAAUAGACGAAAUAAGAAAGGCAACAGUGACGAAUUCGCCUAGGAACUUAUAUCAUAGAAGAGAGCAUACAUGGGAAUCUCCACAGUUUAGUUAUAAUCAAAGUGAAAAUACUCUUCAAAAGGCUCUCUGGAAAGAGCCGUCCAAAUUCGACGCUUGUAAUAUACUGGAAUCUUUAACAGAAAAAGAGUUAGAAUUAGACACUUGUCACGUAGUUAGGUUAGACACACAGGCAAAAGAGCUCAGCCUUUCGGAUAGUUCAUACCUUAAUAACUCAAGUUAUAGCAAUAAUACUCCAAGAAGAAAAUCAAGUUAUUCUCAAAGAAGUCAUAAAAACCAAGAUCAUGAUAUUUCUAGCAAAAAUAUUGAUCUACUCUGGCAAUUGGUUUCGGAGAAUACUUCGCCUACGUACAACAAUGAAACCUUUUCUCUAAGUACGAAAACUCCUUCGUUGCAAUCGUUAAUUCAAAACGAUUCAAAUUCCGUUAAAACAUCUUUGCCUAAAAGUAACGUUAAGAGGAGUUCAAGAAAUAAGCCCAGAAGGAAAUUUUCAAUUCUACGAGAGAAGUUUGAACCUAAAAUUCAUUCUGACGAAGAAAACUUGUGCCGCUCCGAUAACAGUUUAUCGAAGCUCAACGUCAACACGGUCAUGAGUCAAAAAGAUACUAAUAUUGAUUGUUUCCAAAAGUCUAUAGACUGCCUCACUUCAUCAGCUGAUGAAUUACAUGCUGCAACAAAACAAAUGAAGGAAAAGCGCUCAAUUUUUAUGAAGCAAGUAUUAAGUCCGCCAAAAUUUAAUACAAAAUUACGCCACAAAAUGUAG